CAGUAGCGGAGGGGCGGGGAAUGAGGCGGACGUGGACGAGUUGACAGGAGCGCGUAGGAGGCGGCGCCGGCCUUGCCUGUCACAGGUUCCCGGGGUCGGUCGGGUUUCAAGAUGAUUCCCACGGAGGAGGCGUCCGCCCGGAGGAGGGAAAUAGAAGGAAAGCUCAAGCAGGAAGAAGAAACAUUGUCCUUCAUUAGAGAAAGUUUAGAAAAAAGUGAUCAGCUCACAAGAAAUAUGGUUUCAAUACUUUCAUCCUUUGAAAGCCGUUUGAUGAAGCUGGAGAACUCAAUUAUCCCUGUACAUAAACAAACUGAAAAUCUUCAGCGUCUUCAGGAGAAUGUGGAGAAGACUCUCUUUUGUUUGGAUCACAUUAUAAGUUACUACCAUGUAGCAAACGACACAGAGAAGAUAAUAAAGGAAGGUCCUACAGGGAGACUGGAAGAAUAUUUAGGCUGCAUGGCUAAAAUCCAGAAGGCUGUGGAAUAUUUUCAAGAUAACAAUCCUGAUAGUCCAGAACUCAAUAGAGUGAAAUUGCUUUUUGAGAGGGGGAAGGAAUCGUUGGAAUCUGAAUUUCGUAGCCUUAUGACCCGAAAUUCUAAACCAGUUCCACCAAUCCUUAUCCUGGAUCUUAUCACUUUGGAUGAUGACUUAAAGACUCAAGAAGAUGUGUCCUUAGAACACCUACCUGAGAGUGUCCUACAGGACAUUGUCCGUAUUUCUGGUUGGCUAGUGGAGUAUGGAAGGAAUCAUGACUUCAUGAAUGUUUACUACCAGAUCCGUUCCAGCCAGUUGGACCGCUCUAUCAAGGGGCUGAAGGAGCAUUUUCGUAAGAAUAGUUCUUCCUCGGUCAUCCCAUACUCUCCUGCAGUUCAAAACAAAAGGAAAGACACGCCCACCAAAAAACCAAUAAAAAGGCCAGGCACGAUCCGUAAGGCUCAGAACCUUCUGAAACAAUAUUCUCAGCAGUGUCUAGAUGGGAAAAAGGGGGCCUCUAACCUCAUUCCUAUAGAAGGUCAUGAGCAUGAUUUGCGAGCUAAGCAUCUUUCCGAUUCCUUGGUUGACAAGCACGGGUCAGUUGCUGGGAGAGAUGACAUGUUGGACAUGGAGAUUGAUGUGUACAUCCACUGUGUGAGUGCCUUCAUAAAACUGGCCCAAAGCGAGUACCAGCUACUAACUGAAAUUAUCCCGGAGCAUCACCAGAAGAAGACAUUUGAUUCCCUUAUUCAGGAGUCUUUAGACAAUUUAAUGAUUGAGGGAGAAAACAUUGUGUCUGCAGCCCGGAAGGCCAUUAUGCGUCACGAUUACUCAGCUGUGUUGACUAUCUUCCCCAUCCUAAGGCACUUAAAGCAGACAAAGCCAGAGUUUGAUCAAGUUUUGCAGGGUACUGCAGCCAGUACUAAGAACAAGUUACCAAGCCUCAUAACCUCAAUGGAGACCACAGGAGCCAAGGCUCUGGAACAUUUUGCAGACAAUAUCAAGAACAAUCCAGAUAAGGAAUAUAAUAUGCCAAAAGAUGGGACAGUUCAUGAACUCACCAGCAAUGCCAUUCUCUUCUUGCAACAAUUGCUGGAUUUUCAAGAGACUGCAGGUGCCAUGCUGGCAUCCCAAGAGACUAGCUCUUCAGCCAGCAGCUACAGUUCAGAGUUCAGUAGACGGUUGCUGAGCACCUACAUCUGCAAAGUUCUGGGCAACUUACAACUAAACCUCCUCAGUAAAUCCAAAGUUUAUGAGGACCCAGCAUUAAGUGCCAUCUUCCUGCUUAACAACUACAAUUACAUUCUUAAGUCUCUUGAAAAGUCUGAAUUAAUCCAGUUGGUAGCUGUAACACAGAAGACGGCAGAAAGGUCUUACAGAGAACUCAUUGAGCAGCAAAUUCUGACAUAUCAGUGCAGCUGGUUAAAAGUAACAGAUUAUAUCUCGGAUAAAAACCUACCUGUCUUCCAACCUGGAGUCAAGCUAAAAGACAAGGAGAGGCAAGUGAUCAAGGAGCGUUUCAAGGGUUUCAAUGAUGGCCUGGAGGAGCUGUGUAAAAUCCAGAAGGCGUGGGCCAUCCCUGAUACAGAACAGAGGGACAAUAUUCGGCACGCCCAGAAAACCAUUGUGGAAGAGACGUAUGCCACCUUCCUUAACAGGUAUGGCAGUGUACCCUUUACCAAGAAUCCUGAAAAAUACAUUAAAUACAGAGUUGAGCAAGUGGGUGAGAUGAUUGAAAAGCUCUUUGACACAUCAGCCUGAUCUGCUCAUCUGCACAUUGGUGAUUUCCUAUUCCUCUUUUAUUAUGAAAACCAUGGAUUAAACUUGUAUUUAUCAAAUGUAUAAACUUCUAAGAACAUGA